AUGUCGGAAUCUUGUUGCGAUCCAACACUCAUUGCUGAUCGAUAUUCUGCUCUCUUCUCUUGCAAUGACCAACUCCGAUACGAAGCCUUGAUCUAUUUUACAACACUGCUCAAUGACGAACUUGUUCCAGUGGAUGACCUCAUCGAGUUGGGAGCCAUUUCAAAAUUUGUAGAAUUUCUUCAACAUGAUGAUGAGCCUCAACUUCAAUCGGAAGCUGCUUGGGCUCUCAUCUGUGUUACGGAUGGUACUUCGGAACAUGUUCAAUAUAUUUUAGAAUUAGGAGCUUUACCUUGGUUAAUACGAUUAAUUUCAAGCUCCAAUGAAGAGGUUCAAGAACAUGCCAUAUGGACAUUGGGAAAUAUUGCAGGAGAUGGUCUACGAGCACGUGAUUGUGUGUUGCGUGAGAGAGUUUUAGAACCGCUAUUGAAAUGCAUGGAGAAUCAUGUCAAUCAUUUAGGCUUGAUCAGGACAUGUUCUUUUUUGCUGUGUAAUUUAUGUAGAUGCCAACCAGUUCCUUCGUUAGAGGUGAUUUCCAGUGCCAUUCCAAUGUUGGUUCGUUUAUUGUAUCAUACAGAUGAGGAAGUAGUGGCUAAUGCUUGUGUGGCACUUGCUUGUUUAUGUAAUCCAUUCGGUCCUAUCGAAUAUGUUGAGAGAGUGGUUCAGACCACUGCUGUGACAAAAUUGGCUGGACUGUUGUCGCAUCCAUCCAAAGAUGUGGUUGUGCAAGCGUUGCAAGCCAUUGGAAACAUUGCUGCUGGAGAUGCCUCUCAUUUCACACAAGUAAUUAUUGACAGUGGAGCGUUGGCUCCUCUUCGUACAUUGCUUUCAGACUCUCUCGUCUGGAUUCAGAAAAAAACAUGUUGGGUUCUUUCAAAUAUUACUUGUGUUAAUGAGGAUCACGUACAGGAUGUCAUCAAAGCCAAUAUUAUGCUUGAAAUAAUUCGAAUGAUUGAGAAUUCAACAGAGACAGAAUUAAAAAAACAAGCAAUUUGGGUAUUUGUACAUGCAAUGAAUAGAGGCAACAAUAGUCAGAUUGUUUAUAUGAUUGAACAGCAGAGCCAUUGCAUUGAGGUGCUGUGUGACAUUGUGCUACAAAAUGAAAAAGCUGAUUUGGCAGGAAAGGCCCUCGCAGCCCUUUCUAAAAUUGUUUUUGCUUGCCGUGAAGAAGGUGCAUGUCCAGAAUGUGAGGACAAGAUUCAGGAGAAAGGUCUUUGGCAUGUGGUGGUGUACAACAAUGUUAAGGUGAGCACAGUUCAUACAAAACGUUUCACGAAUUUGUUGCGGAGACCAGUCACUACCAAGUUGUGCGACAUGGCCGUUUCAUUCCAUUCAGAUCUCAACACUGAUGACUCUUUGUAA